UUGAAAUUAAUAAGUUGACAACGCUGCUUCAUUAUAUAUUAUAUAUUUUUUCACAGACCCCAACUAAUAUACAGUAAUUUGUGUUUACUAUUUCUUAUAAAAAAAUCUUGUAGCAAAAUUUAUUCAGAGCUUGAACAGAAAAGAACCAAGAAAUAUAGAAAUUUAUGAAUAAUAUCGAGUGAUUUUGUGAAGAAAAAACUUUAUAAUUUCAACAAAUAAAACUAAAACCAUAAACCAAUAGCGAAAAUGACAAUUAUCACGAAACCCUCUAUAGAAAAGGCUUUCAAAUUACCUUUGCCCUUGGGUUUGGGUGGAUUUGGAAAAGAUCAUUUGGAGAAAUCUUUAUUGGGGCCAAAAGCUUAUCUCCCCCAUAAUGGUGGUGAUGUUGAGUCUGUACACUACACUCAUCCACCUGCCUUCAAUUGCAUCAAAAAUGGUUUAACUAUACUACUCAUCUUUAUAACGAUUCUAUUGGGCAUGUUUGGUGGCUAUUUCAUUUAUCGCUCCUUCGGCACCACAGACAAUCCAACCAAAUUUCAUUAUCGUACAUUUUGUGAUGUUCCCUAUGAGUUGACUAGCAAUCUAACGGUGCCACGUUUCUAUCCACAACCCGAUGAAUUCGAUUUAAAUUUCAAUUGGUUAUUGCCACGUUUAACGGGCAAAAGUUUCGAUAGUAACCUCAACAAUGACGAUGAUUUCUUCCGCGAAGAAAUCGAAAUGGAUAUAAGUGACGAUGAGAGUUAUACAAAAAUCGAUGUACCUGAUUUUAAAGAUGGCCGCCAUGGACGUUUUAUGCAUGAUUUUAAAGAGAAUCAAUCGGCUAUUAUUGAUACCACCGCAAAUCGUUGUUUCAUAAUGCCAUUGGAUCGUAAUACCACUUUGCCGCCCAAAAGUUUUAUCGAUUUAAUGGAGAAAAUGAGCUCGGGUUAUUAUAAUAUUGAUACUGAUCGCGUUAGGCGUAACAUGAGAGUGGUUAUGCCCCCCAUAAGCGAUUUGACACUUAUAUCGGAACGUAUUGCCAAUGAGUGCUAUGACAUGAAGGUGUAUAUGCUGGAGAAUUAUGUAUCAGGAGUGUUUAAACGUGAUGCCAAACCCUUAGCUGAUCAGGGUAAAUUUGCCGAAUAUUCGGGCAAAGGUAUUGUUGAAUUUGAUAUUGUUAAUAUUGGUGAAAUCGAAGAGUAUGAAAAACAACAUUUAAAAUAAAAUUUCUAACCCUAAGUUCUGCUUAAUAUUACAAAUAUUAAAUUACAAAAAAAAACAGAACAUAAACAAUUGAAACAAAAAACAAAACUUGAUUUGUAAUUUUAACUAAAUGAAACAAAUGAUCUCGCCUGUAGCGAGUAUCUUUUUCAAAACUUUUUUUUUAGUAGUGAGUAGUUUUUUUGAUUGUAUAAUCAUACUGUAUUAUCUGCUAAAUUUAAAAUAAAAUACAAAACAAAACAUUAUUAUUAUUAGAGAAAUAAAUGCUACUAAAACGAAACGAAAAAUAUGAUUAAAUUUAGCAAUAAUAAGAGAAAAUAUAAAAUUAAUUGGAUUAAAGGAUUUUUUUAAAAGAUAAUGUUGUUGUGGUUUAAAAAAAAAGAAAUAUAACAUUAUAAUUUUAAUUUUUAAAAGGUGCAAAUGAUUACUGUAAACACUUAUAAUUGUAUAAAAUUCAAAAUUUUAAACAUGGCUAUUUACCAAGCAAUAUUUUCAUAAUUUAAACACACAUUCCCUUUUCUCUAAGCUUAAACAACAUAAUUUCCCCAUAUUUUUAAAGCAAUGAAAUUAUACCUACAGGUACCUUUAUUAAAGUAAAUUUAAAAAAAAAAA